AGCAGCGUUGCAGAGAGAGGAAAUGGCAAGAAACAAUAAUAAUCUUUCACUCUCCCUUGCGAAGGCUUUGAUAGCUCACUUGAGAUUCUCCGACAUAGCUAUGGCACUGUUGAGUUUCUUCCUCUUCAGCGCUUUAGUUCAGAAACUCACCAACAAGGGUCCCAUGCUAUGGCCUGUGAUGGGUAUCGUUCCUACCCUCUUCUUCCAUCUCCAUCACCUCUACGAUUGGGCAACCGAGUGUCUGAUCAAGUGCGGAGGUACUUUCCAUUACAGAGGAAUGUGGAUGGGUGGGGCACAUGGGAUUGUCACCGUCGAUCCAACCAACAUCGAAUACAUGCUCAAAACCCGGUUCAUCAACUUCCCCAAAGGUCAGUAUUACAGAGAAAGAUUCUCCGAUCUCCUCGGCGAUGGUAUCUUUAAUGCUGACGAUGACAAGUGGAAGGAGCAGAGACGUGCGGCCAACUCUGAGAUGCAUUCCACACGAUUCGUUGAGUACUCUCUACAAACAGUUCACGAUUUGGUACAUCAGAAGCUGCUUAAGCUUAUAGACGAACUCGUAGCGUCAAGAGAGACCGUCGAUCUCCAAGAGAUGCUUCUCCGGUUCACAUUCGAUAACAUUUGCACGGUCGCAUUCGGGGUGGACCCGGAUUGCUUGACGGUCCACCUACCAAAUAUCCCAUUCGCUAGCGCGUUUGAGCAAGCUACGGAGCUCACUCUAUGGAGGUUCACAGUGCCACCAUUUGUAUGGAAAACCACUAGGUUUUUCAGGGUUGGACGGGAGAGACGGCUUGAGAAGGCGGUUCGGAUAGUUCGUGAGUUUGCGGCGAAGACGGUUGCUGAUCGGAGAAUCGAAUGUCGAUUCACAGAUGGAUCUGACCUCUUGUCAAGGCUGAUGAAGGUUGAAGAGAAAUUCUCGGACGAAUUUCUUCAAGAUUUCUGCAUAAGUUUCAUCCUUGCUGGACGAGACACAAGCUCGGUCGCAUUAGCCUGGUUCUUCUGGCUCAUCCAUAACCACCCACAUGUAGAAAAUCGUAUUCUCGACGAGAUCAACCGAAUCAAAGGAGGAGGAGAAGUGGUGUUCACAAGGGAGGAAUUGAAGAAGAUGGUGUACCUGCAAGCGGCGCUUUCGGAGUCGCUGAGGCUUUACCCGGCGGUUCCGAUAGAUUUUAAGGAGGUUAGAGAAGACGAUGUUUUCCCAGAUGGGACAUUGGUGAGGAAGGGGGCGAGAGUACUUUACUGUAUCUUCUCAAUGGCACGUAUGGAGAGCAUAUGGGGAAAGGAUUGUACGGAAUUCAAGCCAGAGAGAUGGAUCAAUGGAGAUGGGGAAUUGGUUAUUGAGAACCAGUUUAAGUAUCCAGUGUUCAAUGGUGGACCUAGGUUAUGCAUUGGGAAGAAGUUUGCAUAUAUGCAGAUGAAGAUGGUGGCAGCUUCUGUUUUGCUGAGGUACUCAGUUGAGGUGGUUCAGGGACAAACAGUUGCUCCAAAGAUGACUACCACGCUUUACAUGAGGAAUGGGUUGUGGGUUACUUUCAAGCCCAGGCCCAGGCCCAGGACCAGGGUUGUAUCAUGUUGAUGAAUUCAUAUCU